AUGCCAUGCCAAAAUUGCUCCUCAGACAAACCCUCAGUCAAACCCUCGUGCGACUCUAAACAAGACCACGACGCGUCCCUUCUGCAAAGACCCUUCCAAUUAGUCGUCAAAUAUCUACCCGAAGGAUCUGCAUUGCUUUCGUCUUCGUGUUGUUGGCUGCCAACUGUCCUAAACUUUCUCUUUGCUGGUUCGGUGGCUACUGCUGGCAUCGAGAACCUGCGAAAUGUUUUUCUUGCGAUUUCGAUCCUGACCCUUAUCUGGGGCGUGCAUCGCGAGGGAUUCAGUCGUGGAAUGUUGUGGCGGAUCUCGAUCUGUGUCGGAUUGUCGGCUUGGGAGCAAGUGAAUCAGUGGGGAAAGGUUGAUGACAAGGGAAAGCACAGCUGUCAUUAA